AUUGUGCUGCUUCAAACCGACUCAAGUCAGUUAGUUUAUUCAGCCACUCAAUGUGAGAAAACAGAUUUUUCAUUAUUUUUCAAUAUUACAAAAAAAAAUAUUUUUUGCUUAAAUAUAAAAUAAUUUUGAAUAAAACACAAUCAAAUGGCUAACUCGGAAGCUUGGGAAUCUUGCUUAUGGGCGACUUACUCUUCUCCAUAUUCACUAAUCAGCAUCGGUAUGGAGGCUUUGGCGACGCUACACGAUCACACUAUACAUUUCACCGACCUGAAGACGCGCAACAAAUUGUAUUACACCAUUGAUAAUCCGGGUGUGGGAUUGGGUGCACGCAAUCUCGCUGGACACUUCUCGCUGCCGAUGUUCGCAUAUUCAGAGACGGUUCUACGGCCAACCAUACACAUUGUUCGCUAUCCGGAUAUGCACAAGCUGUUGCAAUUACGCUGCAACAACGUCGUUAGCUAUGUGGAUAUGGUUUUCUCCAACUAUGAUCUGCUUAUCGCUCUAAGUGGAUAUCCGGAUUACUCAUUUCGUAUUUGGAAUUGUCGUACCGGCAAUUUAUUGGUAGAGCUCGCAACGGGUAUUAAAUGCUCAGUACACUCAUUGUACUGCUCCAGCCGCACUUGGCCGAUGAUCAUGCAAUACUCGAAGUUUCAAAAAUCGAUAGUCUUCUGGGAAAUGCAUUAUACCGCCGAGGCCAUGGUACUGCAUGAGAUAUCGCGAAUUCAGUUACCUAAAUCGCAUUUGUUGAGCACACAAUUCGCUAUGUGUUCGCAAGACGAUGUCAUGUAUGUGGUGAAUGACUUCGGUAUUGUGUUCAGUGUAGAGGUCGCACAAUUUUACUUGUCACGCCAGUGGGGCACCACAUUCUCACAACAUGAACAGCCACAGCCGUACUGUAUAUUUCCGCACAAACAGGGUCUCAUAGUGUCCAAUGCCACCAGUGCCACGUUGAUAACACGCAAACGUAACAACUGGGCGGUGGAGUGGGUGUUGAAGGAUACUCAGGUGCCGAUUGUGAAGAUUGUUUCGAACUUUGCUGGCGAGGCGUACGUUACCGACGAUGUGGGCUCACUGUAUCAACUGCAGGCGAGCAAUUACUACGGCAAACUAAUCGAGUUUUCCGUCUCGAACUAUACGGUGGAGGACUUUACUAUAUUGCGUGGCUUGAAGGAAGAGAAUCUACUCAUACUCACACGUGCCAGCAUGCUGUAUGCUCUCGAAAUCAGCCGUAAUAUCAAAUAUUCAUCGUUACCUAUACCGAAUGGCUGCUGCAUUGCCACACACAACACGUCGCCAUUCGCAGCUGUCGGCACGACAGAUGGUAAAGUGUACUUUUUGUCGUUCGAGAAGAUACGCGCACCCACUAUUUUACAUAUCAUGGAUAUCGAUAAACACGGUAUCUCAGAGAUGUAUUUGGCAAAUCAAACCGGUUUAAUUAAAACCAUGCAGAACGAAUACAAAGAGAUGGUGGUGGACUUUAAGUCUGAACGUUUUGUUAUCGUCGUACCGUUACUAAGUCGCACGCAAAAACAUAUGCUCCAUUUCUACCUGAUCGAUCAGAAUCAUGCCUUGUCGUUUUUAUCACAAGAUGAAUUGAAAGAAACUGAUAUUCCGUAUGCGGAUGAACUGUGGAUCAACGCUUGGAUCGCGGAGAAACGUGUUGUCAAUCGGCGCAUAUAUAAGUUGGAGAAGAAAUAUCGCAGCAUUACGCUGUUGGAUGUCUCUCAUAAAGAUCAUGUGGAACUUAUUGCUUUACCGAUGGACAGUUUCACGUUAGAUAUUUAUUUUAUACAGCAUAUGGAAAAAGUUAUGUUAAUGCGGACUCUAAAUACUUUGCAUAUGGCAUAUAUUUCGGGUGUGGCGGGUUCAAAUCAUAUCAUAACUUAUGAUGUCAGCACCCUAAUGAUACACUUCCGUCAUCAUAAGCGUUCCACAAAACCGUAUCUAGUGUGCCGAAAACUGUAUUCUAGUUAUUCACAUCGCCUCAUUAAACACAUAAAAGAAAUUUAUAACAGCAAAUAUCUUGCAGUUUUACUGGAAUCUGGCUGUUUAAAGAUUUCUCGUCUCCCACUGCUCGCCGAUAAUCUACGCGAGAAUACCGAUUUACUCGAUACACCAGAAGAGGUCGAGUUGGAUCAAGAAGUUGAAACACCAUCAACGGCAUCGUUUACGAAGCAUGUGAUUUCAAAGGAAAGUUAUGAUCGGCGCGCUGAUAUUGAGCGUCGUCUAGCUCUAUUAGAGGCUGAGGUGCGUGCGCUCAUCGACUACGAUAUCGCCGUGACGGGUAAAACUCAGGGUAUUUAUCGCAAAUUUUGCCUCAACUACGCCUGGUUGAAUCAAUUAAAUACGGAGGCACGUAAAGUGUGCGAAAUGGAACACGACUCACUUAUGGAGAGCAUUUUGGAUAAGAGUCGCAUACGUGAUUGGAUAAUGAGUAUGAUUACGCAAAAUACAUUGAAGAUUAGCACGAAAGUUCGUGCAAUCUUUGCGAACAAUGCUUUCGAGAACUAUUCGUUAAGCAAAAUAGAAAAAGAAAUGUCGGACUUUUUUGACUUAUAUCGUUUUCAAGACUUCGAACCAGUCGAAGAGGAGGAAGAAAUCGAUGAAAAUGCAAACCAAAAAGAAAUGAUCGGCGCUGCUAGUGUUUUGUUUCCUCCAACUGGUGAUGAAGUUGAGGCUGAAGUUGAAGAAUGUGCGGUCGUGAAGAAGAAACGUAAACUGUAUCAAAUUGUGGGUAAUGUCUUUGAGCAUCUAAUGUCGGAGGAUUUUCAAAUGCAAGACAUAACUUGGGUUACCGCGAACCAGAUGUGUAAUCAUGAUAUUAAAUUUAAGAUUAUUUUGGAUAUACCGUUACGUGAAGAGUUCAAUAAAUUGUUUGAGCAAGAAAAACAAUAUAAAGAAGAAAUCAUGAAUAGUAUACUGAGAACAAAUGCGUCUCUGACUCACAUAUAUAAUGAUAUGAAUAUUAUGCUCACCUUAUUGGGCAUGAAGACAUUCACGCCGGACCAGUUAUCGGUUCCAGUACUAAUGAAGGAUGAGGUUUUGGAACGUAUAAUCACGGUUGAUGACUCUGAGAUCAAAGCGAUCAAUCGACGCGCCAAAAAGGCGGUGGUUAGCGAUCAGAAACGUGGACGUAUGCUACUGUGGUCAAUUGAUUUUUGGAUACGUGCAUUAAAUACCAUGAUGGAUGGUGUGUUGGAGAAGUUGUGGGAAGAGGAGAUCAAGAAGACGCCGCCGGAGCCAGAGUUCAUGUCGAAACGACAACCUCACGAAUACACCUUGGAUGAUCAAAAGCUCUUGCGUAUAUAUGAGGAAACUCUGCGUAUAUUGCAAGAAGAUCGCAAUAAAUACUUGCGUAUACUCAAUGUGAACGAGCGCAAGACGCACGAAUUGAAGAAAAACUAUAUUCAGAAAUUUAAUGAACGUUGCGCUCAAACAGCCAUACUAAAGCUGAAAUAUGAUUUUGCUUUGAAACAUUUUCGUGUGCGAUUACUGGGUUUGAAGGUAUCAUUCUAUCAGCGUGUUAACUUGCGUAAUUCCAUUGCAGAAUUGAGAGUUGAAACCGAAAAGGCCAAUGAAUAUACCAAUCGUUAUGUGAAACUGAUUGAAUUUUCCGAAAAAUCUAUCGCAGACAUCAAACAGGAUAUGGAGGCCUUGAACACACGCGACAAGUUUAUUGAACGACAAUUUAAGGGCAACUUUUUAGCCAAUGUACCGACUUUUACGCAUGAAUUGAAUAAACUGUUUAGGCGGCGCCCGAAAAUGCAGCAGCGUUCCUUUCAAUCAGCGCUGGUGUGUAACGAAGUCGCUGCACGUUUGGUCCACAAGAGCCGUUUAACGUUUCCCUUACCCGUCGAAGUGCAGGAGUAUUUUACUAAUUUACAAACUCUAGACGAUAUACAAAAUGCACCACACCAACUGGAAUCAAAGCUUUGGGAUCAAUUUGUGCGCUUGCGACGCCAAAAAACCGAAAAUGAACUGAAGAUCAAGGGUCAAGGCUUUCAUUUGACCGAUUCACAGGACAAAUUAAAUAAUUCGAUAACGGAUUUGAAUAAUUUGAGAGGUCUCAAACAACAGAUGAUGUCGGAAACGGAUCGUCUAUCGGGACAGUAUUUCACCAUCGUACAAAACCAACGCCUGGAAUUGGUGUUACCUUUGGGUCAGGUUGAAACCUCUAUUGGUGGUUCCAUGAAGAAUUUACAAAACUGCAUACUUAUGAAUAUUGACGAUAUAAAUGACGUAAAUAAUCUAAUCAAGAAAGCUGGUGCUAAAAAAUUACGCACCAUGCAACGUUUAGCCGUAUUUCGACGUCAGGUGCUCUACAAAGAAUGGGAGCACAAAAUGUAUCGCGCAAAUAUUGAUUAUCUCAAGUACAUGUUGGAAGUUAUAGAGAAGUGUAAGGUUACCGCUGAAUUUCUACAAUUGUUGCGAAAAUGGAAGAAAGUUAAAGAGGAGCGCAUCAAAUUAUCCCGAAUAGGUAGUAUCGAGCAGUUGAUUGAGCAGCGUGUUGCGGCUUAUCGUAAAAACUUGGACCGCGUAAAUGAGAAAAUAACAAUCUGUAAAGAUCAAAUAAUUGAAGUAAAACGCAAAAAUCAGGCUUUAAAUCGUUCCAUCGAUGAGGUAAAAGUAGAUGUAGCCAUACAUACCGCCAAUCGUGAUACGCUCUUGGAGGAGAAAUUACAAAGAGAGCGUAAUGAGAGCAUGGAGAAGGUAAAGCGGCACAGUUUCUUGAUUAACGAAGUGCGUCAGGAUUAUGCACACAUACUGGAGCUGAAGACGAUUUUGGAAUUGCAACGUUUGCGUACAUUCCCAACUUUGGGACCACCGCCUGACGAUUGCGGACAGCCAUAGAAUUAAUUCGAGUUCUUUAUUUUAAAUGAUAAUUAUGUUUAUUUUAUAACAAUUGUUACAUAUUAAUGCCACUACAAUGGGAGUAUACAAAAUGGCGACGUUUUGUGUGGCGUCAGCUUUGCAACGAAAAUUUUCUUCACUGCGCUAAUGUGACGUCAGCAACACAGAGCUGAUAUAGAGCUACCACCACAUUCUCUUAUUAGUGAUUUCAU